AUUUUAGUGGAAACGGAUUUUUAUACACCGACUCCACAUCUUUUUGUUUAUAUUUAAAGUCUGUUUGUGGUUGCUUGCUGGGUCGCAUCUUGAUUUCAUCUUAGAAGCAUGGUGGAUGUUCAAAUUGUUUGCUGCAUGUGCGGCGACAUCGGCUUCCCUGACAAGCUCUUCCGCUGCAACCACUGCCGCACCCGCUUUCAACAUUCCUAUUGCAGUAAUUACUACACUGAAUUGGGUCGCGCCGACCCAAUUCAGGUCUGUGAUUGGUGCCGGUGUGAAGGUCGUACUUCCUCCUCCUCCAGAUCACAUGGAACCUCCUCCAAGAGACCGCCGCCCACCGGUGAGAGAAUCAAGCAGCACCAUGAAGAUGCCUCCUCCUCCGUUGGUGAGAAGGGGAAACACGGCACCGCGGGUGGCGUUCCGUCGCCCAAGCCCACCACACGCAGGUACAAGCUUCUGAAGGACGUAAUGUGCUGAAAAAGAGGGCGGUGAAUGGGGUUCCUUUAAUUUUCUCAAAUCUUAAAUAUUAUUAUAUAGACAUCGUAUAUAUAUAAUAUAUAUAUAUAUAUAUAUAUCUAUAUAGUUUAUAAUAUAGGUUGCUUUUGAGUGUGCGUGGGUUUAUAUGCAGCAGACCACAUGAGUUUUGCUUCCUCUUUGUCAUCGGUAUAUUAUAUACGCAUAUAUUGUCUUAUUUAAGUUUUUCUU